GAGAGAGAGAGAGGUCCGGCUGAAUAGGUGACGGCGGCCACGGGGUGGGGUGGGGGGCCUUUCCCCGCGCUCCUCGUUAUUCCCCCGCCCCCUUCCCCGUGGCGCGAGAUUCAGGGAGAACGAGGAGGCCCUUCCCCCCCCUCAAAGCCUCCCUUUUCCUGUGUGUGUGGGGGGGUCUCCCUCCUUUCUCUCCUCUCGCUUCUUCCUCCUCCUCCCCCCAUCAUCAUACCGUGCUGCUUUUCGUUUUUUGGGGAGGGGGGGUCACAUCUCCCCACCCCCCACCCCGAAAUUUCCCGCGGCUACGUGCGCGAGGGUUGUGGCUUCAACGGAAAAAAAACCACCAACAACCCGGGAUCCUGGAACCCCCCCCUCCCGGGUUGGAGGCCUCCUGGAGGUGCCGGCUUGGGGGGGGAAAUCGUCCGCCUCCCCCUCCGCCCCUUCUCGCUGCCCCACAGGCAGUGAAGACAUUCUAAUGGGAGAGCCAUUCUUCUGAAAUUCAGGUUUGCUGGCUGCCAUUAUGGAUGAGCAGCAGGCUUUGAAUUCAAUCAUGCAAGAUUUGGCAGUUCUUCAUAAAGCAAGUCGUCCUUCGUUGCCUCUACAAGAAACAGGAAAAGCAAAGUCAUCUUCUCCAAAAAAACAGAAUGACAUACGAGUGAAAUUUGAACAUCGAGGAGAAAAAAGGAUUCUACAGUUCCCUAGACCCGUCAAGCUAGAAGAUCUUGCAUCAAAAGCUAAAGUUGCCUUUGGACAGCCUAUGAAUUUGCAUUAUAGCAAUAAUGAGUUGGUGAUCCCAUUAACUACCCAGGAUGACUUGGACAAAGCUGUAGAGCUUCUUGAUCGAAGCGUUCAUAUGAAGAGUCUCAAGAUACUGCUUGUUGCCCAUGGAAACACGCAAAGUAACUUGGAGCCUCUACCAUCACUGGAAGAUUUGGAUAAUACAGUUUUCCGAGUGACAGAAAGAAAAAACAGACUUUCUGUAAUAGGUUAUUAUACUCGUGACAGAAGCUCUCCUCCUCCUGGAUACAUUCCAGAUGAGCUGCACCAGGUGGCAAGGAAUGGGUCAUUCACUAGUAUCAACAGUGAAGGCGAGUUCAUUCCAGAAAGCAUGGAUCAGAUGCUAGAUCCAUUAUCACUGAGUAGUCCUGAAAACUCUGGCUCAGGAAGCUGCCCUUCACUUGACAGCCCUUUAGAUGGAGACAACUAUCCCAAGUCCCGGAUGCCAAGAGCACAGAGCUAUCCAGACAACCACCAAGAAUUUUCUGAUUAUGACCUUCCAAUAUUUGAGAAGUUUGGCAAAGGUGGAACUUACCCUCGCAGGUAUCAUGUUUCCUACCAUCAUCAAGACUACAAUGAUGGUCGCAAAACUUUUCCGAGGGCUAGAAGGACCCAGGGGAACACCUUACGGUCUCCGGUGAGUUUCAGCCCAACUGACCACUCACUGAGCACAAGCAGUGGGAGCAGCAUUUUCACUCCAGAAUAUGAAGAUGGAAGAUUGCGGAGAAGAGGAAGUGAUAUAGACAAUCCUACGUUGACAGUAAUGGAUAUCAGCCCACCCAGCCGCUCCCCACGAGCUCCAACUAACUGGAGACUUGGUAAACUGCUGGGCCAGGGUGCCUUUGGUAGAGUUUAUCUCUGUUAUGAUGCAGACACAGGCCGAGAACUAGCUGUUAAACAAGUUCAGUUUGAUCCUGACAGCCCAGAGACCAGCAAGGAGGUAAAUGCUCUUGAAUGUGAGAUUCAGCUGCUGAAAAAUCUGCUACAUGAGAGAAUUGUUCAGUAUUAUGGCUGCUUGAGAGACCCUCCCGAAAGGACACUUUCUAUAUUCAUGGAAUACAUGCCAGGGGGUUCGAUAAAAGAUCAGUUGAAGGCAUAUGGUGCGCUCACGGAAAAUGUGACUCGGAAGUACACCCGGCAGAUUUUGGAAGGAGUUCACUAUUUGCACAGUAACAUGAUUGUACAUAGAGAUAUUAAAGGAGCAAAUAUUCUCCGGGAUUCUGCAGGCAAUGUUAAGCUGGGUGAUUUCGGUGCUAGCAAAAGACUUCAGACAAUUUGCUUAUCUGGUACAGGAAUGAAGUCUGCUACAGGAACUCCAUACUGGAUGAGCCCAGAAGUUAUUAGUGGUGAAGGCUAUGGGAGAAAAGCAGAUAUCUGGAGUGUAGGCUGUACCGUGGUUGAGAUGCUCACAGAGAAACCACCAUGGGCAGAGUUUGAAGCAAUGGCUGCCAUCUUUAAAAUUGCUACCCAACCAACCAAUCCCCAGCUGCCACCUCAUGUCUCGGACCACUGUCGGGAUUUUCUAAAGCGGAUAUUUAUUGAGGCUAAGUUGCGACCGUCUGCAGAUGAACUGCUGAGACACGCAUUUGCACAUUAUCACUGAUGGCCUGCCUCGACCCAUCUCUCACUUACUGCAUUUAUUUUCUGACUGCACUUUUUCUUUUUAUACACAAAGUUGGGAAAAGACAAGAGAGAAGGUUUUUCUCUUGAUUCUUGAUUUCGUAUUGAUUGAUAAUAAUCUCUCUGCAUAUUUAGAAUGCAGAUUUUGUUUCCCAUUUAGAACUAGGGUCUUUUUGUUUCAGUAAUGUACUGAUGUGGUUCGCAUAAAGCACUUUAGUACAUAUUCAUUCCUUAUUUAAGGGGGUAAAGGCAAAUUAUUUGGACCCGUCAGGAAUUGCAUGUACGUUUUUCCCCUAGCACUGAUGACUAGCUCAGGAUGCAGGGAAAAUAUACGUGUCACUAGCAGAAGUAGAGAAAGAAAAUAUGUCCAGUUCUUUGUACUAUGUAGAUAGAGUUCCUGAGAUGUGUUGGUUGUGUUUUAGCUUUGACAAAUCUCAUCCAGAAUAUUGGAAGCAGAUUCAGAAGCUGAAAACUACAGACGGUUAAGCUGUGUGUGUUCUGAAAAGAAACCAUCUGAAUAAGCACAUCAACUGCAACCAAAUAAGUGUAUUUUUCUUUUUAAAAAAGAUGGGCUCCCUAGCAAAGUAGCUUGAAGAGUCAAGGAGGAGUCCCAUAGUCUUGAUACAUGAAUGUCCUAGAUCAGAAAUUGUAGAUAAGCAUAUUGUCCUAGAGCCAUCUUCUAGUGUUAAAGAUGCCACAUAACAUGCAGCAAACUAAUUUGCUGGAUCUGUUAAGAUCUCAUGUGAUGAGAGCUGGUCUAGAAGAGGCCUCUAGUGGCCAGGGUGAAGUCUUUGUUCUUAGUAAUUCCCUAUUCUAGUCCUUUCUGUCCUGCCCCUUGCCUAAAAUAUUUCAUAAUGUCUUAUCUUCCUUUGUUUUCUUCCCACUUUAGUUCAAAUGGUCAAGAGUCCUUAGAGUAGAAGGGGUAACAGUGCCUACUGUUACCACUUGUUGCCGAGCAGAAUUAUGUGUCUUAACAUGUGCAUCUGACUUAUUGGUUAUAUAUUGGUUAUAUAAUAUUUGCUAGUUAUAUGGAAUUAGGAUCAUGGUGAGCAUGCAGAAUUUGGCUUCCCAAAUCAGGGACUUAAUUGUGAAAUGCAACAUAAAAGAUCCCUUCUUAGUACAAGCAAGAGAGGAAAUAAAAUAGAAAUAAUACUGUAUAUUCAGUUUCAGUGCACUUAUGAUGCUAGACACAGAGUGACAUACAUUUUUUGUUACUUGAUAUACUGGUGUUUCUGUCAGUGCAUUUUAUACCUCGUUUGAUUUUACUUGUUAGAAGAAUAUCAGAUUGGCAGUUAUUACUGUCCACACUGAACAUCUGAAGAUAAUACUCAUAAAAAUAUAGAAUACUUCAAUAUUUCUGUCCCUUCAGGAAGCUGGCAAGAGGUCCUGAAUGGAAACAAUUUUCCUUUCCAGUGUCAGAAGAGAGUAAAAACCAGUGAAAAAUUAAGGCCUAUUUCUAGAAAUAGUGUUGGUAAGCUCUGCUAUAAAUUAUCCUGCAGAAGUCUUUGAGAGUCUCCUGUAUCAAAGGCAAGCCAAAUGCACUGAAGUUGAUCAGAUGUUACAUGAGCAGUACAAAAAAACAUACAAUAAAUCCAGUGCUUAAAUGUUCUACUUUAAAAAAGUCCUUAAUGAGAUCUAGAACAGUUUACAUAAACAGCACAUGGUUUGUACAUGUGGUAUGUUCUCAGUAUGUUAACCAUGGAUUAAAGAUAAUAGUAAUGACAGAUUUAUGCUUAAAGAAAGUAAUGACAGUUGAAGCCAUUGGAAGGUUAGCUUCAGGGGUGGAGGCUUGUUGCAUAUGCACCAGCCUAUAUUCAUCAGAGUACUGGAGUCUGAGAAUGAAACAAAAAUUUGUGAACGUUCACAUUGUACAACUGAUUGGCCAGUAUAGAAUAUUGGACCCAUUAGGCUUUUUGUCAUAUCCAGCAUGUUCUUAGUAAAGGACUCGUCUGGAACAUAGAUGUCGAACCUACCAGAUAUUAAAAAGCCAGAUCAAUGGAUUUUAACAAUAUUUUUAUUUUUUUAAUGAAGAGAUGUUUAUGACUGCCAAUUAAAACAAUUAGUUUCAGUGAAAAGCAUUGUAAAAUAGUCUAAGACGGGAUUCCAAAAAUGAGUGCUCUAUUAUCAAUAAUUGCUGUCAGCUCAGCCUGUAGAUCGCAGUCUGCUGUCUUCCUUUUCAGAUCUGUGCUCUUAUAUCUUGUACCCCUUAUUAUUAAAGUCCUAAACACUCUCUUUUCCCAGACAUUUGUAGGUAAAUUUACAAUACAGUAUUCCAAAUUCUGCUUUAGUCAUCCAUCAGAUUGUAACUAUGCAAAGUCAAUUAACCAAGCAAAUGUGGGGAUAAACAAAGAUUGAAAUUUUCUUCCCAACCAAACUAGUCCUUUGCUCUGUUCAAUUAUCAGUGUUUUGAAAUGUUUAAAAUCUAGCAGGCAGACAAUCACUCUAGCCUCUAAGUGACCUCGAUUAAGUGCUGCUGCAUCAGCUAAAGAUAUGUUGAAUUGAAAGUUGUGCUCCAGUGGAGGACUAGAGGACCAUGCUUAAUGGAACAGUUCUCCAUGAAAUUAUUAAAAAGAUGGCUGUCCUAAAGCUACCAAGGAGUAAGGUCUAUUGAACACUGUGGGACUUUCUUUUGUGUAAAAAUACAUAGGAUCAUGAUGUUAGAAUUGUUUCUCCAACUCUGACUCUGUUGAAGCUGCAGAACAUUAACUUGAUGGUGCUGGAAUGGAACCACCGACUGCCUGUUCAUGCUCUUUAGAUAUCCAAAGAACAGCAGACAUUGGUGCUUUUCUUCUCCUAUUUGAUCUCAAAUCAUUUGGAUGGAUUUUUGAUCCAUCACCCUUCGCCUUUAGAAAUUUGAGAUACGCAGAAAUCAGUUUCGAGGUGAAGGUGGGAGAAUGAACUUUAAUCAGGCAAGAAAGAAGAAAAUUAUUUACUGAAAUCUUAUACUAGAGAUUUACUUUUAGCAGUCUGUUUCUGCCUUUAUCAGUUUCAUCAUCUAGUUCUCUCCAUCUACCAAUAUUGGUGCUGCUAUGUUGACUUUUGGGAUAGGGAAAAGAGGUACUUAUGUGACAAUUGUCUUUUUUCCCUCCAUGUUCAGAGUGGAGCACAAUAUGAUCUUUACACAAAAGAAUACAUAUUCAUUGUGAAAGAUCCCUGGAGAGAAAGGGAAGAAAGUUGUGUCUGUCUUAUUGAACAAAAGCUGAAGGAGACUACUUGUGAAACCUUACAGGGCACAGAAUGUAUUAGGUGCAGACCUCUGAAACAUUAACUCUGAAGCAAUUGAAAGGCUCCUUAAAAUGUUUGUUACUUACAGUGCACAGGUAUAAUAGCACCUGCAAGUAUGUGAUGAGGUGAAAAAGUUAUUUAUCAGAGUAUUAAGAUGUGUGUAGAAUGAGAGUCAUAAGAGUAAAACAAUACCUCUUACUAGUCAUUCAGGAACUUUAAUGUUACGCAGAUUUUCAGAGUACUUUCACAGCUUUAGGCACUUGGAAUGCAGUUUAAAUAGAAGUUAUUUUGUGUCAAGGCUUUUUGGAUAUUUGGAUGCUUACUGUUCUUUAGACUAAAGCAAGAAGGUAUCCUUGGCAGGCUUACACAGAUAGAAAUUCUGCCUUUCUAGUGUUUUCUGUGUCCUAACUGAGACUAGAUGUGAAAAAUGCCUUAUGGGAUUCAGUUAUAUUGUUUACCUAACUGCAUCUUUUUCCACACUGUUUGUGUUGCAACACAGUACAGCUUAUAGAACCCCAAAUUUAUGUGAAACCCAUUUGUAACUGAAUUAAUGUGUACUGUGCUUCAAAAACCCACUUCUUUUCUUCUGAAGAAUUACAGAUUCAACUGGGGGCCAGAAAUGCAAACAUGUCUUCAUUUAUUUUGUGUUCUGGACAUUUACAUCUAAGCAACAUGAAGUUUAAAGGCUUGCAGAAUUUUAACAAGGGUCUUUUGUUACCAAAAAUAAUGAAAAUGGACUUUAGCGUGCAGCAUAUGAUUUUUAACUCUUCUGAAUUGUUGAAAGAAACUGUAAUGUUUGGCAGCAUUCAGAUUCUGGGAUGAAUUACUCAGAUUGCAGUGCACAGCUUGCCUCCCUAAAUUAAAGUGUCUUUGUCUUAUUAUGGUGGGGGAGGCUUUUAAAAAUCUCCUAGCAGAAUAGUGUAAUUGUUCUUUGUGCCUUUUUCAAACACUGCAUUUUGUCUUGACAAUGGCAAUUAAAAAGUGAUGCAAAAACACAAAUAUCUCUGAAGGUUUCCAGCAAUGUAAGUACAGCCCUUGUUGUUAUUCAGGUUGUAUAAAUGUUGUCACAGACCUCUAUCAGAGUCCCUGUAGUGUUUUUAAAAUGUUAUAGGUAGGUUUAUUAACACUCAUGUUUGCCUCUAAUGACCAGGUUGCAUAGUUCAAAGAUACUUGACUCUUAAUUCUUAAUAAUUUUGCCAUUGAUAAUGUGCAUAUUUUAGAAAUAAACUAUAUAUUUCAUGUAACCACAGACAUCACUGAGAUGCCAAACCCACAAAGUGUAGCAAUUGACAACAAGUCUGAUGUUAACAAUUUUGUUUUCUGUCAAAUGGGUCAGAGGGGUGCUUACAUGAUUAAUCAACUGCUAUCUAAUUGUUACAAUCUAUUAAUAAAGCAAUUACAGAAGUAAAAUAGUAACCUUGAAGGUUGUGAAAAGAGUUGCAAUCUCCUGGCAGGAUUGUCAACUCAUUUUUAAUUGUGCCCCAUUUGGAAAGACACAUAACUCUUGUAUUUUCAGAAUUCUAAGGAUAUAGGAAGAUAAAUAAUCUGUAGACCAGUACUUAAAAUAAUCAAUAAUUUUUAUGAUGAUUAAACACAGUUCUGAGGAAGAUUUGGCAAUAGAAAAGGUUAGAAGGUUUAAGAAGAAAAGGUUAAAGUAAUUGGUAAAGCUUUCAAGAAUAUGCUAUCAGUUUGGCAAUAACAGGACCUCCAGCUCUCUUAACUCAACUAGUUGGUUUGUAUUAGUAAGCAAAGCAAAAAGCAAAGAACGCUAGUUAUAUACCACCCCAUAGUGCUAAAGCAACCUCAGAAGGAAUGAAGGCUGAGUUGACCUUGAACCAGCUACCUAAAUCUGUUAGGAUCAAACUCAGGUCGUGAGCAGUGUCUUAGCUACAGUACUGAAGUUUUGCAACUGCACCUCAAGGCUCCUAAUAUUAAUGUUGUUUUUUAUGCUAUACUAUUUGAAAGUAAACUUGAUGUUGCUCAAAUUGCAUUGGAAACAAUUUCACAAACUGUCUAGGUUCAAGUAGGCUAUAUUUAGAACAAAAGCUUCCAGAAUCCUGUUUAGAUGGGUCCUGUCUUUAAGAGUAAAGAAAACACUUUACUCAUAAUAUGCACCCUCAUUCUUUGUUUGAAAUGAAAGCAGCUUGCUAAGGCUCAGGAUCUACUCCCUAAAUCACAAGCUAAAUUAAUAAAUGUUAUAUUCAUUUCUAAUAUCUUAGUUUUAGAUUAAUGUGGCAGGGAAAGGGGAGGUUAUUGAUGUGGAAUUUGGCCAUUAUCUUCACACACAUGGUACCUAAAAUAAAUACAUUCUUGAAAAUUGAGGAACCACCCAACUUGUCUAUCAAAGUUUUAAAAAGAGAGGCCUUUAAAAUAUGUUAAAAGUCUUGCUGAGAAAAAAAAAUCUAAACCAGUAACAUAAGCUUUAUUACUUCACAUUUUAAAAAAGAAUUGAAAAACAUUCUAAACUAUGUACAUAACCAUUCAUUUCUAAAUUCUGUACUUUUGUGUUAGGUGAAUAUUGCUUUGUGUUAGGUGAAUAUUGCACUUCUUUUCUUAGGAUACACUCCUGUAUGAAUAAAAUUUACCUUUGUAGUUAUAACAUAAUUCAAACAAAUUACAGUGCCUUUAUCUAUAUGCCUUACUUUUUUGUUGUUGCCAAUUACAGUGGGGAGCAGAAAGUCACACAGGAGCAAUCAGUAUAUUAUUAGAAGUCUAGAAGAGUGUCAGAUUCCAAUUUUUUUCCAUGUUGCUUAAUUAUGUGCAGUAUUUUUAAAUUUGUUGAUUUAACUAGUUGGUGCUUACGAGAAUUUUGAUUUAUUUUUAAAAGUAGUUCUAUACACACACUAGUCUUUCAUAUCUUUUCUGAAAACAAGGGUACAGUGUGUGAGCACAAUCCAGCCAAUGUUCAGCAUGUUCAAGCCUCGUUCAUUUCAAAGAUAGGUUUGAAUAUAUGCUUGAAUCUUUUCUAAUGAGUUAAAAGCACUUAAUUUUGGAUUGACUUUAUUCUUACUCUGAUUGGGAAGUACAGUAGCCAGUUCUAUUACCAGUUUGUUCUCUUAAAAAUAUCUCCUAGGUUUUGACUCUUGCACUCAGUGCCAUACUAAUGCCAGUGUAGUGACCCAAAUCCUCUUGCAUAGCAACACAACUGGUGUAACAUUUGGAACCAAAUUGCCCUAAGUUAAGAAUUCAUCACAGACAUCAGUUGCACACUGUGUCAUACAACUUAAUACACAACUAAUAAUGUCGAUGAUAAUUUCUUAACUUGGAGCAAUUCACCUCCAAUGUUGCAUCAUUUGUGCUACACCAGCGUAAGCAAGCAAGAAGAUUUGGGCCAAUGUGUAAACAAGUCAGGUGAGCUGCUAAUGAUAGCUAAAUUCUUCUGUGGUGGUACUUGUUGUUUAAAUUAUGCGACAGUAUUGGUUUUAUAUAAACAAAUACAAUUUCAAGAAACAUUUGGUCCUGUACAAAGAAUUUAGAUAGUUUCAAGAAACAUAUUUCCAUUUUUUUCUUUUCCUGAUGAUGUCAUGUAAUUAAAACAAAGAAGUACAAACCUUAUUGCCAUUGUCCAGAUGUAAUGCAAUAUAAGUUGCACCGGCAGUCUUUUCAUCAGUUGUGUCUGAUGAUGAGUACAGACUUUGAGAAACUUGUUCAGCAUUCAUAACAUAGUUUCUCUUUUUGUCUUUAAAAUAUAUCACACGUUUGUGUGUGUGUGUGGGGAGAGUUUUACGUGCUAGAUAGUCCAUGUGAUGAUUUUUGGAUUAGCAAAGGGAUUACUGCCAACAUACCAGUACUUAAUUACUGGUUAGUUCCUUGUAUCUAUUUGGGGCAUGUAUGCAUGUGCAAAUCACUGAAAACCAAAGCUUUUCUACCCCUAUACUGUAUAUGUGCACACAGCCAAAAGUAAUAUUUAGCUUAGUGACUGUUAAGUUUUCUAACUAUUUGUAAGCUUUGUGCUGGAUAUAACAACUACCAGGGCAGGCCAGGUCGCACAUGCAGUCCAAGUGGUUGCUUGAGCAGCAAUACUUUUAGGGGCACCAAUGAAGCUGUGUGUAACUGAAGCGCUGCAUUCUACAUGUUCUGUAACGUUUCAGGGGAAAGGUGACCUUGUACUGUAUUGUGCAGCCUGGAGGAUGGAGAUGGGGGCUGCAAAAUGUAUUGAUUUUGAUGACUGCAGGUGCUACUUAGUACUGUUAUUGGACACUGCCUGACUUCUGCUCAAUGUUGAUAUAAAGAUAUGGCCGUACUGAAAUCACAAGGAGAAUCUAGUACUGUGGAAAAAAGCUAAAAAUAUAUCCAUACCUUGCGGGGUAGGGGGAAUGUUACAGAAGUGAACAAAGACUUAAAUGAAAGGUGGAAGUAUGUACGUCUCAUCCAAAAUCCAGGUUUGUCUGGCAACUAGAGGAAAAAUUGAUUAGAAAAAAAAAAUGUUUGCCACCAUACUAUAAAUUUAUCUCAAAUGUGCUUGAGAAUUGAAAGGCAGUGGAAGCAAUGUUUCAUUGUGUGAAAUGCUGUUCUGCAGCCUUGUGAGCAUAAUAGAAUUGAUGUUAUUAUCAGUAGGAAAUUGCCACUGAGCAAAGGCUUCCUUUGGUGAUUUCAUGGUACAUGCAACUUUGUCACUGUGAGUUGCAUGCACCCCAAAAAUAUCAAAGGAAGCCAUUAAUCAGUGGUGAUUUCCCCUGCUGCUGUCAUUCCUGUUGUGCAUGCAGAGCUACACAACAGGAUUUCAGCCGUUGUGUAAAAAGAAGCUCAAUUUUUGUUCAUGCUUAAAUGUGUUGAUGACUGACACUCACCUUUAACUGAAGCGCUGAAGCAUAUAAUUGAACGUAUUCAAUAUGCUAAAUGUACUAGAUUGUACUUGCAGAGGAUUUAGGCAUUCCCAGCUUAUGCUUAAUAUUUUUUCAUGGCAGAUCAUUCUCACAAUAUCCAUUGGAGUAGCCAGAUGAAUUAUAAAAGUUUAUAGAUUUUCCUAAGAAGUAUGCUUACAUUUGCAGUAUUCACACUGACACUCAUUGGAGAAAUAUAAGCAUAUAGAAGGCUGGUCAAGGGAAAAUGUCUGUACAUAUGCAAAAAUGUAGGCACAACCUCUGUCUUCUAGUGACUAUACUAGCAGAAAGAGAUUGAAAUGUUACACACCAUAUAAAAUGUGAAGCUUACAUUAUUGGUCACUCUUUGACUGAAACUUCAAGCAUGACAUUAGCAAAAAGUGCUCUCUCUCUCACAAAGAAGCCAAAUUAUUAAAUAAGAAAAUUAGUAACAAUUACCACAGAAUGAAGUUAUGAGAAGCCAGACAAAGAUCCUUGUUGAGUUGUAAAAUGAGAUGUAAAAUGAGUUGUUAAUCAGCAGAAUGAGUUUUAGAGAUUUCAUGAAAGUUUUUGAAAUAAAAUAUUUCAUUUAUAUUUUAUUCAUUGUAAGUAUGGUUAUACCAGACACUUCAUCAGAUUUCAGUGGAUGUUGGAUAGAUUUUACUUAUUUUCACCUUCCACUUGUGCUUCUGCAAUGUUUUUCUGGGUAUGCAGUUUAACUUUGCAACUGAAAGGAAGAAGAGGAUUUAAAAAGUUGAGUCUCUAAGUCAGUUAUAAUGGGCCAAAUUAUUCCUUGUGCCAUAGCAGACUAGACCAUUGCCCCGAUUUCUAAGGAGGUGGACCAUCUCAUUCCAAAUAAUUCAGAGCCAUAUUUCUCACUUAGAUAUCUUGAUUGAAUGGAAGUCAAAGAUGCAAAUCCAAGUGGACAUUUCCUAAGCUACUGAAACCAUUGGCAGCACGUACAUUUUCAUUUAUGUGAAAUAUAUUUUUCUGGGUUUUUCUUUCACUUAUCAAUGAAGAGUGUACACAAACAUACUUUUAAUACAGCUUUUGGCAAUAGCUGGAGAGUUGAAAGAAGUCUCUUAUAGCUGGUAUGUUUUUGUUGUUUUUAAUUGAUUUGCCUUUAACUCUUUAACCAAGAAGCAAGAACAAAAAGAGACUACUGAAAUUCUCUCUGGUUAAUUCAUAUAUAAUUAUUUAAUUUGUUAUGUGACUGUAAAUGAAACACCUUGGGAUUUGCAUGGAGAGUAUCACUGGGUUUCCAGUGUCCUUUGGGGAAGAAAUUUAGCAUAUCUUUCCCAAGAGGUCUCUCUUGGCUUCCAGAUAUCUAGAGAAUUCACAAACUAGUUUGAUUGCAGUGGUGAGACUAUCUGCAAAUUUAUCCCAAUGUGACUAUACCUCCCCCCCCCC